AUGGAAACACUUAUGAAAGCCCUCGUUGUAACUCUUUUUGUGAUUCUGAGUGUGUGUGAUGUGUCUUUGGCAAGAGCAAAGAAGAGUGAGAAUCAGAAGAAUACUUACAUUGUUCAUGUUGCCAAAUCCAGAAUGCCAACAAGCUUCGACCACCAUUCAAUCUGGUACAAAUCAAUUCUGAAGUCAGUAUCCGAGUCAGCUGAAGUGCUCUACAUCUAUGAUAAAGCAAUCAAUGGAUUCUCAACAAGUUUGACAGUUGAAGAAUAUCAGUUACUAAAGAACCAACCAGAGAUUCUAAAGGUGACACCAGAUAAAAAGUACAAACUCCACACAACUCGAACACCAAAGUUUCUCGGGCUCGAUAAAAUUGCUAGUUUGUUCCCUGUGACAGACAAAAGUAAUGAUGUAAUUGUGGGAGUCGUUGACACAGGUGUAUGGCCCGAAAGCAAGAGCUUCGACGAUACUGGAUAUGGGCCAGUUCCGCGCAAUUGGAAAGGAAAAUGUGAAACAGGUAAAAAUUUUACAACAUCUAAUUGUAAUAAGAAACUGAUUGGUGCCAGAUUCUUUUUAAAGGGCUUCGAGGCAUCCGUGGGUCCAAUUAAUGAAACCAUCCUGUCUAGAUCGCCUCGAGAUGAUUAUGGCCAUGGAACCCACACUGCAAGCACAGCUGUAGGAUCUCCGGUGGAAAACGCAAGUCUUUUUGGCUUAGCCAACGGGACUGCACGUGGGAUGGCCAUUGGCGCUAGAGUUGCUAUGUACAAGGCUUGUUGGUUAGCAAUAUGUACUUUUUCUGAUACAUUGGCUGCAAUAGAUCAAGCCAUUGCCGACAACGUCAAUAUUCUUUCAUUGUCGUUGGGAGAUUUAGCACGUAACUACUUUGAGGAUAAUAUGGCAAUUGGAGCAUUUGCAGCUAUGGAGCAUGGCAUUCUAGUCUCAUGCUCUGCGGGGAACUCUGGUCCUCGUUCUUUGAGUCUCGCCAAUAUAGCGCCCUGGAUUACAACCGUGGGAGCUGGAACUCUCGAUCGAGAUUUCCCUACAUAUGUCAUUCUUGGAAAUGGAAAAAAUUAUUCAGGCGUGUCCUUUUAUAAUGGCAAUUCUUUGCCCAAUACUCUUGUGCCGUUCAUAUAUGCAGGAAAUGCAAGCAGCAGCGAUGAAGGAAAAGGCAAUGGAACAUGUGUUUCAGGUAGUUUGGAUCCAAAAAAAGUAACGGGAAAGAUUGUGUUGUGUGAUAGUGGAGAGGUUGGUAGGGUGGAGAAAGGAAAUAUAGUGAAAUCUGCUGGUGGUUUGGGCAUGGUGUUAGCCAACACCGAGAUAGACGGAGAAAUACCUAUACCUGAUGCCUAUAUUUUUCCAGCAACUGCCGUUGGCUUCACAGAUGGCGAAGCCAUCAAGAAAUAUUUGUUUUCUGAUCCAAAACCGUCUGCUACAAUUGUGUUUGAAGGAACAAAGCUUGACGUUGAGCCGUCUCCUGUUGUUGCAGAUUUCAGCUCACGAGGACCAAAUUCUAUAACCCCGCAAAUAUUGAAGCCCGAUUUAAUUGCACCGGGUUUCAACAUCUUAGCAGCAUAUCCAAAUAAUUUGAGUCCUACAGGUUUUACUUCAGAUCAUAGGCGCGUAGAUUUCCAGAUUAUGUCAGGCACAUCAAUGUCAUGCCCACAUGUAAGUGGACUAGCAGCGUUGAUCAAAUCUAUUCAUCCAGACUGGAGCCCAGCUGCCAUUCGAUCUGCAUUGAUGACAACUGCUUAUAAUACUUAUAAAAACAAGCAGACAUUAUUGGACAAUGCAACAAAAAAGCCAGCAACUCCGUUUGAUUUUGGUGCUGGACAUGUCAAUCCCAUUUCCGCGCUAAAUCCUGGGCUUGUCUAUGAUUUGGGUGUGGAUGACUAUUUGAGUUUUCUCUGUGCAUUGAACUAUUCACCAGUUAAUAUCCAAAUUGUGGCGAGGAGAAUGUACACAUGCGAUCCAAAGACACAAUACAGUGUCACAAACCUUAAUUACCCUUCAUUCGCUGUGGUCUUUGAGGGUGAGCAUGAUGAGAUUAAACACAGGCGGACUCUUACCAAUGUGGGUGAGGCAGGAACAUACAAGGUAUCAGUUAAGUCAGGUGUUCCAUCGGUCAAGAUCUCGGUUGAACCAGAAGUGUUAAGUUUUAAGAAAAAUGAGAAAAAAUCGUACAUAGUUACAUUUACUACAUCACCUUCCAAACAAAAUAUUACUCAAAGUUUUGGAAAUUUGGAAUGGUCUGAUGGAAGAACUGUUGUUAGAAGUACUAUAGCUUUUAGUUGGAAACUAAAGUAA